GCAGUGAUUGGAAUUGUAAACAAAUCCACGCUUUUCGUUUCGUUUUCUUUUUGCUGCAGCGCAAAUGUUCUAACAAGUUACACGUUUAAUACUUUCUUCCAUCAAAAUUUUUGCAGAAUUUACUCCCCUGCCAGGAAUAAUUUAAGUUUCUCCAAAUGAAGGGAUGCACAGGAAAGUCAGCCAAUGAAGAGUUCAAAGAAGAAGAAGACUCUUCGGACGACUCUUCCAACGACGAAAUCGAGCAGGACAGUGAUGAUGGGUCGAUUGACUCAGACAGCGACGACGAUUCUGAAGGUAACAAAGGAGUGGAAGAAGAUGAUGGCGAUGAAGACGACGACAUAAUCAAGGCCUUUAGAAAGGCCCGAGAGGUCAAGAGAGACAAACCGCCGGACAUCACAUGCGAUGAUCCAGUCGCCGACCUCAGCUUUCACCCAGGACGAGAUGUAAUUGCCGCUGCCACUCUGGAGGGAGACAUUCUACUAUACUCGUAUAGCAAUGAAAGCUGCGAUCUGCAGGAGACAAUCGAAGUCCACACUCAGGCCUGCCGGUGUAUUGAGUUUAGUGAGGACGGAGACUCCCUGUUCUCCAUCUCCAAAGACAAGUCCAUCGUUGUCAGCGACUGUGCAACUGGAAAAAUGAAACGGUUCAAUGAAGAAGCUCACAGUGAUCCACUUUACAUCCUAAAAAUAAUUGAUGAGAAUCGAUUUGCCACAGGAGAUGAGAAUGGAACAGUGAAAAUUUGGGAUUUAAGGCAAAAGGAUGCAAUCUUCUCACUGAAAGAAAUGGAGGAUACUGUGAAUGAUAUGAUCACCACAGAGGCCAAGCGAUUCCUUGUUUGUUCUGCAGGAGAAGGAACUAUUACUUCCAUUGAUCUUAACAGUCGAAAACUGCAUGUGCAGUCAGAAGUGUAUGAUUCCGAGCUUACGAGUUUGGCCCUUGUGAAGCAAGACAGGAAAUUGGUUGUUGGAAGUGGGAAAGGCAUAUUUUAUUUCUUCGACUGGGGCUCUUUCGGUUACCAUUCGGACGAAUUCCCAGGACCCAAACAAUCUAUCAAUACUAUGAAAGGUGUCACUCAGAACAUUGUUGUGACUGGCAUGGAGGAUGGCGUUCUGAGGGCAACUCAUCUAUUUCCACACAAGCUGUUGGGCGUUGUCGGCACACAUUCAUCAUCUGUGGAGAGCAUGGACGUUUCUUGUGAUGGUGAAUUACUUGCAUCAAGUGGAUUUGAUAACACAAUUAAAUUUUGGAACAUCAAGUACUUUGAAGGAUUGAAAAUCUCCGAAAGAGAAAAGAAUGACAAAAAAGUAUUGAAUCAUAAUUUGCCUUCCUCAAAUGUACACAAUGCAGGAGAUUUCUUUAAGGAUAUGGUUUGAAACUUCUAUAACAUGAUCAAAUAUUACUCUCCAGAAUUAAACUGGUUUAUUAUUUCUAAAUUUUUGAAUAAAAAAUCAUGAAGGAUCCAAAAA